CUGGCCGAAGAAGUUAUUACAAACACGAUUACUUCUGCUAUUUCAACCACAGUUGAUGUUGAGAUAGUGGACCACCGUAGCUACAAAGAGUUCCCAACUCUCCCUGCCUGUAACAAUGUUAGGGACUAUUCCCCUGUUCCUACGGCUGGGAGACCUUCAAAUGGGAAGCAUCCAAGCAAGCAUGGGAGUGUUCCACAAACUAGGCUCACACCUGCCAAGCCAUGGAGCCAAGUCUUAAAGCAAAAUGCAAGGGAAAAAUCCAACUCUCUACACCAACACCCUUCUAAG